UCGACAACGCGUAUACAUUCUCGACUGGAAAAAUAAUCUUUCUUCGAGAGGAGAAAUCAAAAUUCUUACGUUGUUUUCCCAUUCCACACCGUGCCCAGUGAACGUUGGAAACGAGUAAAUAAUAAAAUACAUAUUUUAAAAAACUCGAGAAAAUAUUAGAGAAUCUUUCGAGAAUAAAAAUCUAAAGGUUAAAGGAUGCUGGAAGAGAAGGACAACGAAAUUAGCGAUUACUUUCGAUCAAAUUUCCACCGGUUGCAAAACGCAAUUACACCGCAAGACAUGAAAAAGUUCAUAUCUUUGAAUAGCAACUCGGAAAGGAUCGAUUUCAUGUUGCGCUAUCCGCAAGUUUACGAUUUGGCUAUAAAAAUCGGAGAAGCGAAGGAUCAAAUGUUGAAGAACGGUGAGAAAGCUCUGAAACUCAAGGAUGUUGGUAACAAGUAUUUCGGCCGUGGAGAAUUCGUUAAGGCGUUGGAAAUUUAUUCGAACGCUGUUCUGCUCGCACCUCAAAAAGAUGUAGCCGUCCUAUUGGCAAAUCGUUCGGCAACGCUUUACCAUCUGGAAAAGCACAGUUACGCCCUCACAGACGCGGAAGAGGCUUUGCGCGUGGGAUAUCCUCAAGAGUUGCGUUACAAGAUCGAAGAAAGACGGGCCAGAUGUUUGCUCGCGUUAAAAAGGCACGACGAGGCCGUCUUGGCAUUUAGAAGCGCUUUAAAAGCUUUGGACGAUGGAAAAUUAUCCGGGGAGAAGAAACAAAAGCUCGAAGCGGACAUCAGAAUCAUGCUCGCCGUGAUAGAGAAGGGUAAUCAGUUGGCACGUAAGGGGCCGAAAAUUCCUGAAAAGAGAAAUAUUGGCGAGCCUGAGAAACCGACUCCAAAGAUCGAGGACUGCAAUCCUUUGUACCCUUCUUGCAGCAAAGCGGUUGAAAUAAGAGACGAAGGUGGUAGCAUAGGCAGACACGCGAUUGCUACUAAAGAUAUCGAACCUGGAGAGAUAUUGGCAAUAGAGAAACCGUAUAGUGCAUUCCUAUUGGCGGAAUACAGACUCAUCAAUUGUUUCUGUUGUUUCACAAAGAUAUUUGUACCGAUACCAGCUGUUUGCCAAACGUGCAGUUGUGUCGCUUAUUGUAGUAUUUCAUGUAGAGACAAGGAUGCCAAGAUCCAUGAAAACGAGUGUCCGAUAUUGCCUACUUUGUGGGCGUCGAAAACUUCUAUAAAUUGUUUUCUGGCUUUGAGGAUAAUCGUUCAACAAUCAUUCGACAAAUUGUACAAAUUGAAAGAUGUGAAAGGGAAGGAUAAAUUUAAAGUAUCCGCAAGUGAACCUUAUCGAUUCGAUGAUUUUAAAAUUAUGUUUAGGUUAGUAACUCACGAGGACAAAAGGACUAUAGAAGAUCUCUUUCACAGAACUUACAUAGCUAGUUGGUUAUUGAGACUGUUGAAAAAGGGUCCAUACUUUCCGAAAUACGUUAAAACUCCAGAUACGGUAGAAGCAAAACUGUCCGAUGGUGAACUGUAUAUAGGCGGUUUAAUUCUACAUAAUUUAAUGAUGAUACAGUUUAACGCUCACGAAAUAUCGGAAUUAGUCAUACCAAGAGCCGAUAAUAAUUUAGCAAACGCUAAAAGCAAAUUUAUCGGUGGAGGACUUUAUCCGACAAUAUCGUUAUUUAAUCAUUCGUGUAAUCCUGGUGUCAUCAGAUACUUUAUCGGUACGACUAUGGUUGUACGAGCAAUUCGUUCCAUUUCAUCGGGAGAGGAAAUUUCUGAGAACUACGGUCAAAUUUUUACUACUACUCCCGAAAGUGAACGGAAGAGAAAAUUGAGAUUGCAAUAUUUUUUCGACUGCAACUGUGAAGCAUGUAGAGAACAUUGGCCUCUCUUAGAAGAAAUCGAUCCAACGAUUUUAAGGUUUAAAUGCGAAACUGGAAAAGAAUGUGGAAACGUUCUACCCGUAAAAACAGAUUCGAACGAAUUUAUGAUCGAAUGUUCCAAAUGUAGAAAAUGUAUGAAUAUUUUCAAAGGAUUAAAAGCGUUACAAGAGACAGAUACAAUUUUUAAAACUGCAUCCAAAAAUCUCGAGCAAGGAAACCAUCGAGAAGCGUUAAAAUCUUAUUUAAAAAUUUUAAAACUUCUAGAUGAAACUUUAGCUUUACCUAUAAAAGAUUAUCAUCUCUGUCAACAAGGCGUUCGUUUAUGUAUGCUUUCUUUAGGUAAUAUUUUUUAUAUUUAAGAAUUCAGUGAAAAUAUUAUCGUACGAUUAUAUAAAAGGCAAAAUUAUUAUUUUGUCUUUUUUCGAUUAAGACGUGAUAUAUAUUAUAUA